AUGGGUACAAGAUGGGCCAUCCUGACACUGUUGGCUGUAACUUUGGGAGUUGUGAUCGCUGAGAAUAAGAGUGCAUACGCCCAAGCUGCAGACAACUUUCUGGAUGAGCUUUCUGGAAAAGAUGUAGAGGCGGUGAAGUUACCCGAAGAGAAAUCUGAACACGCUGGUCAUGAUCAUGGAGAACAUGGAGGUCAUGAAGGUCACGGAGAUCACGGAGCUCACGGAGCUCACGGAGGACAUGAAGGACAUAUGAUGAAGAUGUGGUUCCAUGGAGGUUUCGAAGAAGUGAUAUUAUUUGACUUCUGGAGAACUGAUUCUCUGUUUGGAAUGAUCCUCUCAUGUGCUGCAAUUUUCAUUAUGGGCGCUACAUAUGAAGGUGUCAAGUGGUUCAGAGUGUUUUUACAAAUGAAUCAAUCCCAAAGUCAAAUUUUGGCGAAUAAGUCAUGUGUUGAGACAACUCGGUCCUCUGGCCAUCAAUCGGUCAGCCGAUCACACAGCAACAAACCACAAUCAGAACCAUUCUUGGCAGCGACAGUGACGAGGAGUCCGGCGAAUUCUCCCUUUUCGCCGCAUCGUCUCAUCCAGAUGCUCUUGUAUAUUCUUCAGUUGGUUCUCGCCUAUUGGCUGAUGCUUAUUGUAAUGACUUACAAUACUUAUUUGACCGCCGCCGUUGUACUUGGCGCUGGAUUCGGUCAUUGGCUAUUCGCCGUCCUUCAAUUGCGCAGUUCCGAUGGAGAAGUGACGGAUUCGUUCCAAACCGACGCCUGUCAUUAG